AUGAAGCUGGAAGCUGGCUGUGGCGUAGCCACCUCAGAGGUCCCCAAGCCCGAAGGAGAGGUGCAGCCAGAUGCGGAGCCGGGCUCAGAGAUCCAGCCACAAGAGGCAGGGGCCAAGUCCAGGUCUGGAUCCGGGCCUUAGGCCGAGGCCAAGCCAUUGGACUUCGUGGUGGCCACAGAACGGGAGUUUCAGGAGGUGCUGGCCAUCUCAGAGGGCAUCUACGGCGGCUACUACCUUCCCACCCGCUACCACAGCUGGCUCCGGGAUCCCAACCGCACCACGGCGCUGGCCAAGCGCAAGAGAGGAGUGGUGAGAGCCCGGGGGGCAGGGGCAGGUGAAAAGCGAAGGCCUCGGUCAGCAGAUCGCGCUGGAGUCAUGCAUGUGAUGGACGUCAGGGAGAUGGUGCCGGUGGAGGGGCUGCGCGUGGCGCCCCAGGAGUGCGGCAGGGGCGUGGCCGGGCUGCCCCAGCGCUUCUGCUCACAGCUGGCCAAACGACAGCACCCGGGGGUCAAGGUAGCGCGACUCACCCAGGACGACCGGCUGGGCCCCCGGGAGCUGAAGAACUACCGCCUCAUCACCAAGCAGGGCAUCCUUUUGGUCUGAUUCUACGCGCAGCCGGCGGCGCUGCAGGCCUCCGGCACCUUCUCCCCGCUGCCCACCACCAAGGCCGUGUCGGAGGCGGGCCUCCUGUUGCCCUCUGUGCAGCGCGACGUGCUUUCGGGCGGGACCAUCAUCCUGGACCGGCAGCCCUACCGGCCGAGCGAGAGCAACCUGUGCCUGCUGGCGGCCACAGGCCCGGAGUGGCGCGGGGACAGCCGCGCGCGCCCGCGCGUGCUCACGCUGUGCACGCGCCCCUUCCCCAUCCUGCGUGGCGGCGAAGGCACGUGGCGCCACCUCAACACCGAUGAGUUCGGCAGCGACGGCGCGCAGGCGCAGAGCCAGCUUCUGUGGCACCUGCUGCGCCAGGCCCGGCGCCUCGCCCGCCUCAACGUCCUGUGCCAGGUCUCCCUAGCACCCUACUUGUGAUGACAGCCUGCGGACUUGCGCCAGGCCGGCUUGGGGCUAGAGCUGGUCAAGGGUUAUACUGAACGGGACCUGCUGGAGGCCGACAUCUGAGGCCUCUCAUCGAAGGGGAGAGAGGAAGCGCUUUAGACCCGCCCCCUUUCCCGGGUCCCCAGCAAGCCCCGCCCCUACUGUUUGCAAGCUCCGCCCCCUCCCCCCGCCCUCCGCAGUCGGCUCAGACGCUUACCCUCACCUGGUGCCGGUCCCUCCCUUCUCUUUCCCCUCACCUCUCUGUCUGCCAUGUUGCCUCUAGCAUCCCCAAACGCCGUCGCCACACCCGGAUCUGCACCGCUGGGUUUGGGGGAGCCUCUUGCGGUGCUAUUGGCCACCCUUUCCCCUUCCCGGCCAAGGAAUGGGUUCCUUCUCAGACUUCAGAGCCUUUCCUGUCCGUCGCCCUGGCCUGGCAGUGGACUCUGCCCUUUCCUGGCUUUUCCUUUCUGCCUCCUCGGCGGGGGGCGGGGCCGGGCGAGAAGCGGGCAGAAGUGUGUGCAACGCCCAGCUCCCAGCCGGGAGCACAGCUGCUCAAUAGGUCUUACUUUUCUUCCUCCUGGCCUUUCUCAGGCACUCAGAACGCGCCCCGCUCUCCCCGCCUCCUGCCUCCUCAGCCUCCUGUGGCUCUAGGUCAGUGUCCUCUCUCUCUUUCUCUUUGUCCCCCAUCCCCCUCCUCCCUGGAACUCCCGGAGUCUUAGCUCCUCAUUGUCGGUUCCUCUGCUCCUCAUUCCCCUUACCCAGGACCUCGUCAUCACCCGCCCUGUGUGCAAUAGGGACCCUGUAAGUGAAAUAGACUUAUGAUGCCCACCCAUAUCUGGCCAGCUGUUUAUGCUCUGGUGACACACCUUUCUGAGCCUGUCCCCUCCGACUGAGAUUUCCUCCAACUUUGCGCGAUGUUUCCAUUUCGCAGGCCCCCAACCAGGGGCCUGACCCAGGUCGGUGAACCAGGGGAUUCUGGAUGGAGAGUUUGGUGUCGUGGAGGGCAGGUUCCUCAGCGGUGUGAGGGCUCUCUCCCGAUUCUGACCAGGCUGCCUUCUAGGGCGGCUGGAACCCCCACGUCCAAGGAUUUCUGGUUCCCUCAUGCUUUUUGGGCUUUGUCAGUCUUCUGUUUAAAUGCAAGUAGUAACAGCUGCAUCUGCACAGCGCUGCCUCCUGUACUGGAUCCCCACGUCUACCACAGAGGGAGGAAACAGAGACUCAGAAGGAUCAAAGUGACUUCCAAGUCACUCGCAGAGGCCUGGAGCCUGGCAGAGACUAGAACCCAGCGGCCCCGAGCCCAGAGCAUGCCUCAGAACUUCAUUCUGUGUGACGCUGGUAGCUUGAACUUGUUGGCCAAUCGACACUUGCUGGGGAUUCACUGACAACGAGCACAUGCUUCGCUGGGCAUGGAAUGCAAGAUGUGGGCAGAUGAGGGUGCCAGGAGGUGGAAGAAGGUGGGCACAGAGGCCCCAAGCUGCUUCGCCACUGUCCCCGGUUCCCGCUUCACUGCUGUGCUGCUCUGCCUUGACUGUGUCUUGACCCCGGCCAUACUGCCACCCUCCCUGUCACUUCAACUAUGGCUGUAUUGCAAUAAAACAGACCUUUAGCCCAC